CUGCAGCUUUGUACAUUGCCGACACACCUUCGCAGCUAACUAAAACGUGCACGCCAUUUUUUUGUUAAAAAAAACAACAGAAAUUGCAAAAGAAUUGAAGAGGCUGUUGAUGCAACAUGACUCCUAAAGUUCUCUAUUGCUGUUUGCUUCUUGUUUUAUUUCAAGACGUCUUUGCUAUUAACAAAUGCUGUCAAGAUGGUAGACCAGGACGUGAUGGACGUCAGGGAACCUCAGGAAAAGAUGGAAGAGAUCUGAAUAAGAGAUCAGGAGGUGCUACUACUGAACUAGGACCACCAGGUAGAGAUGGACCAGAUGGCAACCCUGGUCCCCAAGGUCCUGAGGGACCUCCAGGCAUGAAAGGAAUGCGAGGUGAUCCAGGACCAAGUGGAAGUUCAGGACCGGAUAUGAGAGAACUUGAGCAGAUCAUUCGAGAUCAAAUAAAAAGCGGUAGCGGUGGCAGUGGUGCAAGUACUGGACACGGAGGACUUAAGAAAGUAUCAGUUUGUUCAACUCACAGAAAAGAUGUAUGUGGAUCAUGUCAAUGCAAAGACAAGAAUUAUGCUGAUGAAUUCUUCAGUAGAGGAUACUAUUGUGAUUGCCAAAACCACAAAGCUGAGCGUGACUGCAAGGAACAUCUAACAAACGGACAAACAUUUGAUGGUAUAUAUCUAAUUGAUCCUACUGGCGACCAAGCCUUCCCUGCUUAUUGUGACAUGAACACUGACGGUGGAGGCUGGACUGUCUUUCAAAGACGUAUUGACGAUUCGCUUAAGUUCCAACGUGACUGGUUCUCCUACAAAAACGGUUUCGGAAAUUUACAACACGAGUUUUGGCUUGGAAACGAAAACAUGUUCCUCAUUCAGUUGUAUGACGACAGAAGAGGAACGGAAAUGAGAAUGGACUUCAAAGACAAAGAUGGUAACAGUUACAGCGACAAAUAUGGAGUGUUUGAACUUGGUGACGAAAGCACUAAGUAUAAACUUCGGCUUGGUGGAUAUAGCGGUAAUGGUGGACAAUGGAUGUACUAUUACAAUAACAUGAAGUUUUCAACCUACGACAGUGAUAAUGAUAACACUGGUGGUAACAGCGCUCUCAGUUAUGGUCCAUUCUGGCAUGGGGCAGGAUCAAGUUACCCUUACAGUCCAAAUCAUCCUUAUAAGUUUGUCCAGAGGUAUUCAAGAGGGCAUGACCAACCUCAAAUCAAAGCUGUUUAUUCCAUGUUGGGAAAGAGUGGAAAGUAUAAAUAUAUCGUCCAUGUUGAGAUGAAGAUGAGAAGAAAAUAAAAUAACAUUGUGGUUUUGAUAUAUGAGAUAAUAAAAAGUGAA